GUUUGCGAUGGAAUUGAAGAUUGCAGCGAAGGGGAAGACGAACGAAGUUGUACCUGUGCGGGUUUGGAUAAGUUCGAAUGCCGGUCUGCUUCCGGAAAGACUAAGUGCAUCCCAAAGACCAAGGUUUGCGAUGGGGUAUGGGACUGUAUGGACGGAAAGGACGAGAUGCAGUGCAAAGCAUGUCCACACGAUACUAUUCGUUGCCACCAAGAGGGCAAGUGUAUCCCGAAAAUUUCACGGUGCGACGGCAUAGCGGACUGCAAGGACGGUUCCGAUGAGGCCGGUUGCACCUGCCGAGAGUGCAUAGGGCAACACUGGAAUACCUAUAUGUGUGGAUCGGGUUCACACUGCUUCAGAAGAGACGAAGUUUGUGCUCCGUACACCAUUUGCCCGAAUGCAACGAAAGCUGAUAAAGUGUACUGCGCGGGAAGAGCGCUGCGGGGAGUGGAUUGGCUCAAAUGA